CGCGGCAACGCCUUCACUUUCUCUCUCUAAAAGCGCCUCACUUAAAAACUCUUUAAAUUUGUUUGGUUUCUCUCUCUAAAACUCGUUCAUUUUUUUGUCUUUUUCUUUACAUGGUUAAAACCCAAUUCACUUUGAGUUAUAAUCGGUGAGUUUACAGUCUUGGAUCUGUUAAUUAGGGUUCUCAAGUUACCAUUUGUUUGGGUUUUAAGAGAGUAAAUUCUAAAUGGCACCAGCUAGGAAAAAAAGUGUUAACAAGAGAUUUUUGAAUGAAGCUUCGCCUGUGAAGGUUAAGAAUUUGAACAAGAAUAAAGAACAAGUGACUGGGAAGAGAAGAUUGACUGAUAAAUUAGGACCUCGAUGGAGUGAGGCAGAGCUUCAGCGGUUUUAUAAAUCAUAUCGGGCCCAUGGAGUGGAUUGGAAGAAGGUUGCUGCUGAUGUGCCUAAAAGAUCUGCGGAUAUGGUGCAUGCUCUCUACAAGAUGAAUAAGGCAUAUCUAUCUCUCCCAGAGGGAACAGCUUCUGUAGUUGGCCUUAUUGCCAUGAUGACAGAUCAUUACAGUACUAUGGAAGUGAGCGAUAGUGAACGAGAAAGCGAUGAUGCGCCAGCCACAAAACCCUUGAAACACAAGCGGGAAAAAGUACAAGUUGGUGCACAAAAAGAAAGACUCCUGCAGCUGCAGUCCCGCUCAAUCGCAUCAAAUGAUGCAUUUUUGUCAUUGUUGAAGAAAGGACCCUUUAAAGGUGGCCAGCCUCGUGCAGUUGGUAAAAGGACACCUCGAGUUGCUAUAUCAAGGGAAAAUUAUGACUCACUGAAGAAGGGUCAGAAGUCGGAGAAUGGUGACAAUGAUGAUGAAGUGGCACAUGUUGCUGCAUUGGCAUUAACCGAGGCAUUGCAAAGAGGAGGCUCUCCCCAAGUUUCUCACACACCACGCAAAAGAACUGAACGCAUCAGUUCAUCACCUGUUGGAAGCUGGGAUAGGAUGCUUUUGCAGUCAAAGUCAUGUCAUAUGAAGCUUCAUGAUACUUCUGUGCAUGAAGAAUGGGUGGAAGGUCGUAUAAGAAAGGGAGUUGAUCGUGGUAGCUAUGCUAGGGAUACAAGCUCCUUGGAAGACAUGGAAGGCAUGGGUACUGUAGAAGUUCAUCGGAAGGGAAGAAAAUUUUAUGGACACAAAGUAAAAGUGGAAGAAAUUUUGAAUUGUCAUUCUGAUGAUGGGGGAGAAGCUUGCAGUGGAACUGAAGAAGGGCCAAAAGCAAGCACUGUUAAGGGGAAGGUUGAUUUUAAUGAUCUAAAUAUGAAAAAUGUUAAGACUCCUCAGGCGAAAAAGAAGAAACGCGCCAAACAUUUCUCUGGAGAUGAAUUUUCGGCCUUGGAUGCUCUGCAUACAUUGGCCAGUCUUUCUGUAAUGGAAUCGGAAUCAUCUGUUCAGCUGAAUGAAGAAAGACCCAUGGUGAAUGUGGAUGGCAAGUCUAGUUUACCUGAAACUGCAUCUACUAGCCAUCGAAGAGAUAAAGUUAAACCCGUGGGGCAUAAAGAAAAAGUACGUCAUGAAAUGAGUGAAUUUGAGGAUACUACCUCUAGGAGUGUUAGGCUGGGAAAUCGGGCUACAGUUGAUGCUAAACUUGUCUCUAAUGCCAAGCAAAAGCCGUUGUUCAUUAGUAAUGACACUAAUUCAUUGAAAAGAAAGCGCACUUUGACAUUAAAGGCAUCAAAUGCUGAAACUGUCAUAAAUUCACAUUUAAGUAAACUGUCGGAGACUGAGACUAAGGAUGAAGAGGAGAAUAUAUCUUCACUGAGAGGAAAAAGAACCUGCCCUGCAGUUUCCAAACAAGUCAAGGAAGAGGGCUCUUUUAGUGGUGAUCAGAGAAAUUCUGCAGGUGGUGUAGCGACGCCAAUAGCACAAGUUCCUAUUGCAAGCCAAGUUACCUUGCCAACCAGAAAAACUAGCAGACGGAAGAGGGAUCUAAAGAAAAUAUUUGUUUUUAAAGUGGGAAAUUCUUCUGAAAACAUCCUGAAAACUCAAGCUGAUACAUCGUCAAUCUCUGGGCAAGACACGGCCCUUCAUAUGAAAAAAAACCUUUCUUCUUGUCUUUCAUCACCGACUGUUCGUAGGUGGUGUACAUUUGAGUGGUUCUACAGUGCUAUUGACUUCCCUUGGUUUGCCAAAAGGGAGUUUGUGGAGUACCUAAAUCAUGUCGGGCUUGGCCACAUUCCAAGAUUAACUCGCGUUGAAUGGGGUGUCAUCAGAAGUUCUCUAGGCAAACCCCGAAGGUUUUCCGAACAUUUUUUAACGGAAGAAAGGGAGAAACUCAAACAGUACAGAGAUUCUGUGAGAAAACAUUAUACUGAACUUCGAACCGGUAUCAGGGAAGGACUUCCAACAGAUUUAGCAAAACCGUUAUCAGUUGGAGAACGAGUAAUAGCUAUGCAUCCCAAAACCAGGGAACUUCGAGAUGGAAGUGUACUCACAGUUGACCAUGACAGGUGCAGGAUUCAGUUUGACUGUCCUGAUAUGGGAGUUGAGUUUGUUCAGGAUAUAGAUUGUAUGCCCUCUAAUCCAUUCGAUAACAUGCCUGAAGCUCUCAGGAGACAGACAUUCGCUGACAUAGCUAAGGAACUCCAAGUGAAUAGCCUUCCACAUAUUGGUUGGUUCAAUUCAACCAGGCACUUGGAGAACUCGCAGACUCCCUUAAAUACAUCAGCAAAGCAGGUGGACGCAAAUCAUCUGCAAGAAAAGUCGGUAUCUAUUAACAAUGCACAAGUAGCGCAUAAUAAAUCUUCUGCGGUAUCACGGGCGCACGCAAAGGAAGCAGAUAUACAAGCUCUAUCCGAGCUGAAUCUAGUUCUUGAUAGAAAGGCCUCUUCUGCUUUACUCAAUAUAAAGCAACAGGAUACACACUUAUGCAAUACCCUGCCUCCUUGGAUGAAGCCUCCAGUCAAUUAUAGUUUACCUGGUGGUCUUCCAAGUUCUCAUCAUAGUUUUAUUUCGCAAGAAUCAGGAUCUACUGUGGUUGAAAUAGUUAGAGACUCAAGACAGAAGGCAUCUACAAUGAUAGAUGCUGCUGUGCAGGCAAUUUCAGCUGUGAAAGAAGGGGAAAAUGCCUUUACAAAGAUCGAGGAGGCUUUCGUUUCUCUUGAUAAAAGACAAGUUGCAUCAGAAUUAAAAGGACAAGUCAACAGAUCGCCGGAGCAACGCAAUGGCAAUUUAUUUCAUAAAAACCAGUUGAAAUCCAGCACAUCGGAUGCAUCUCAACCCAAAUUACAUGAUAACAGUGACAAAACUGAAGCAGAAAUCCCUUCAGAGCUUAUAACAUCAUGUGUUGCUGCUUUACUUAUGAUACAAACGUGUACUGAGCGGCAAUAUCCCCCUGCUGAUGUGGCGCAAAUAAUCGAUUCUGCCGUGACCAGCUUGCAUCCAUGCUGUCCUCAAAACUUGCCUAUUUAUAGAGAGAUACAAAUGUGCAUGGGAAGAAUCAAGACUCAAAUUCUAGCUCUAAUACCAACUUAACUUUGAUGUUUUUGUUUUGUCCAUUCUCCUUUUAAUUAGCCUUUCUGUAUAUAUAUUUUACAUGUAUGGUGAUGCUGGACUUUUACCCAAAGUCCUAUUUAUAAUUUUAUUUUUUUAAAUAUAUUAAUUAGGAAAUUUCAUAAUA